AAUUUGUGAAAUGAAGGAAAACAUGGGGCACCCAAGGAAAUAAAGCAAAGCCACACCCUGCAACUGAAAUCAAUGUAAAAAGUAAAGUAGCGAGGCUAUUUGAACAGUUUAACGCCAAACAUGGAUAUAAGACCAAAUCAUACAAUUUAUAUCAACAAUAUGAAUGACAAAAUUAAAAAAGAAGAAUUGAAGAGAUCCCUGUAUGCCCUGUUUUCUCAGUUUGGCCACGUGGUAGAUAUUGUAGCUUUAAAGACCAUGAAGAUGAGGGGUCAAGCCUUUGUUAUAUUUAAGGAAUUGGGCUCGUCCACAAAUGCCUUGAGACAGUUACAAGGAUUUCCAUUUUAUGGUAAACCAAUGCGAAUCCAAUAUGCAAAAACAGAUUCUGAUAUAAUAUCUAAAAUGCGUGGCACUUUUGCCGACAAAGAAAAGAAGAAGGAAAAGAAAAAAGCAAAAACGGUGGAACAGACUGCGACAACUGCCAACAAAAAGCCUGGCCAGGGAACCCCAAAUGCAGCAAAUACCCAAGGAAAUUCAACACCAAAUCCUCAGGUCCCUGAUUACCCUCCAAAUUAUAUUUUAUUCCUUAAUAAUUUACCAGAAGAAACGAAUGAGAUGAUGUUAUCCAUGCUGUUUAAUCAGUUUCCUGGUUUCAAGGAAGUACGAUUGGUGCCUGGGAGGCAUGACAUUGCUUUUGUUGAAUUUGAGAAUGACGGACAGGCUGGAGCCGCCAGGGAUGCUUUACAGGGAUUUAAGAUCACACCUUCCCAUGCCAUGAAGAUCACCUAUGCCAAGAAAUAACAUACGGGAUAGUGGUCUUUCAAGGACUUGGUGUUAUUUAUAGUGUUUGUUUUGAUAACAUUUGGUCAUCCCAUUUUAAUAGUUGGGAGUGAGGGGGAGUGAAAGUGAAAUUUUCGUGAACAAUUUAAAAAAAUAGCUGGUCUUUGUUUAGCCUUAGUGAACUAUGAAAUAUGAAGGCCUUAAUUUUGUACAAUAAACUAUGAUUUGUACUCAACUA